GCUGCUACUUCAUUUACCAGCAGCAGUGCCAGCAGUUGAGCUCUGCUUCCUGAGUUUUCGUCCGACCCGAGAGUUAUAGCAGAAAGGAAGUGUGUGUUUGUGUGAAGGCGAGGGACAGUGUAUAAUGCACAUUUGUGAGAAAGAGGAAAAUUAAAGGGAGAGAGAGAGAGAGUGAGAGAGUAUGGAAUGUUGUGAUGUCACUAGCUAAGUCAUACACAAAGCCAAGAAGGACACACAAGCACUCACUUUCCCUCUAAGUAAAGUGUGCUGUGGAACGUCCGCACCCAGAUCGUGUCCUGCUUAUGGCUGGUGAGCGGUGAUGAGAGCUUGUAUGUGGUGAAGGCACGUCGGAGCAGUGGGUUCGAGAACCAGGCAUUAUUUCCGUCAUCGUCCUCGUUCUCAGGGACUGUAGCUGUGAUUUCGGGAUAUAAAGGAGCACCACAUACACGGCCAUGCUGCAACAGAUCUUAAAGGACAUGUACAUCGACCCCGAUGUGCUGGACGCUCUGAACGAUGAGCAGAAGAAGACCCUCUUCCUAAAGAUGCGUGAGGAGCAGGUGCGACGCUGGAAGGAACGUGAGGAGAAGCUGGAGAGGGAACCGCUCAAACCCAAACCAAAGACAGCAUGUGGCAAGAGCGUGAGCUGGCUGCUGGGUCGAGAUGGAGACGUGCAGGUUAUUGUCAUCGGGGAGGUGGAUGAGCUCAAAUCCAGGAUCAUCUACUCAGGGUUUGGAGAGAGAAAAACAGCCAGCGUCCUCAACAAUUCACACAACCACCCUGGAACUUUGAAAAGCAACCUGGCAAACCGAACAUCAGCAGAACCUGUACGAUCAGGGCGGGAAAACCUUCCUCCCAAAGCCCGUUCAGGAGUUGAGUUAAACUUUAAGGAGAACAUUGACAAAGAGUUAAGGACUCUGGCUCCCCCACAGGUGUCAGUAGAUGAAGUGAUGCCAUCAUUACCUGUAGAAAAUGUAUCCCAUCAGCCUCAGGAGAAUAGAGAGGAUGCCGAGUCAGGACAGUCAGACAAUGAUUCAGCACUCUUGGUUUGCUAUCGGCCUCAUAUAAGAUCUUGCCCCCUGACACCCUCUGCCCCUAGCAGUCCUGCCUAUCCGGACACAGGGGCCAGGACGACCAAUCAGCUGCCCGAUACAUCCAGACUCCAUCCCCUAGACGCCUCCAAACCACAGAUCAACAGAGGAAAAGAUUUCCGAGUGGUUGCCGCCUCCAAACGAGCAUUUUCCGUGGAUGUGGGGUCCGAGACGGAAGAAAGCCGUUUGGGGCGGGGUCGCGUGGCCCAGCUCAUGAAAACUUUUAGUGUGUCUAGUGAGGCCACGCCCCGUGCCAACAAACCUCCAAUCCCGGAGAAGCCUAACCACUUGAGGCCCCGCCCCUUCCCGGCCCUCAGGUAAUCAACAAGGGACCAAACAUCGCACCUGAUCCAAGCCACUUUCGGACACUGGAGGACACCCAGCAAGAGGUCUUCUGUCUGAAUCGAGGGGUGUGGGUGCUUAGCCUCUCUCAGGAACUUGAAUGCAGUUUUUUUGUAUUUUUGUAUGCGAUAUGAGUGUAUGUUGUAAAGCUUUUUAUGGGGAAUGAAACAGUCAUAUUGCCAUGUCAGUCUUUCGGCAAUAUCGUUGACCUGACUGUAUCACGAUACUGCACUGAAAUCGUUUUUCGUGGGUGUGUCUGUUUAAAGGGUUGCAUGAAAUCUUAACCAACAGUAUGAGAUUGAGAUACUUAAAAAUUUAGCCUUUAUCUAUUCAUCUCACCCCAUCUUCUGUUAUUAUUGUUGUUAUUCUCAUAUUUGUAUGCUUUUUUGCUAAUCAGGUCAUUGGACAAUAGGGCAGCAGUCUGCUUUGAUAAGUUUUUCACAUACUAUAUGUCACAUUUGCUUGCACUUAAUUCUGGGUUUUUGUGUUGUGUUCUGGAAGAGUUUUAUAUAAUUACUCUGUAUGGCAUGAAAGUCUCCGCACAUUCAGGAUACGAGUGCAAUGUUGCCGCUGUAAUAAAACGAUCAAAUCCC